GUCCGCGCCCACCCGCGCUGGAGCCGGAGACCCGGCGGGCGCGCGGAGCUGGGCGUACGGGCGUCGGUGCCCUUGACCAUGGCUGCGGCCGCGCUCCUGCUGGGCUUGGCGCUCCUGGCGCCGCGGGCGGCCGGCGCGGGCAUGGGCGCGUGUUACGACGGCGCGGGGCGCCCGCAGCGCUGCCUGCCCGUGUUCGAGAACGCGGCGUUCGGCCGGCUCGCCGAAGCCUCGCACACGUGCGGCCACCCGCCCGAGGACUUCUGCCCGCACGUGGGCGCCCAGGGCGCGGGGGCGCAGUGCCAGCGCUGCGACGCCGCCGACCCCGAGCGCCACCACAACGCCUCCUACCUCACCGACUUCCACAGCCAGGACGACAGCACCUGGUGGCAGAGCCCGUCCAUGGCCUUCGGGGUACAGUACCCCACCUCGGUCAACAUAACCCUUCGCUUGGGAAAAGCUUACGAGAUCACCUACGUGCGGCUGAAGUUCCACACCAGUCGCCCUGAGAGCUUCGCCAUCUACAAGCGCAGCCGGGCCGGCGGCCCCUGGGAGCCCUACCAGUACUACAGCGCCUCCUGCCGGAAGACCUACGGCAAGGCCGAGGGCCAGUACCUGCGCCCCGGCGAGGACGAGCGCGCGGCCUUCUGCACCUCCGAGUUCAGCGACAUCUCCCCGCUGAGCGGCGGCAACGUGGCCUUCUCCACCCUGGAGGGCCGGCCCAGCGCCUACAACUUUGAGGAGAGCCCCGUGUUGCAGGAGUGGGUCACCAGCACGGAGCUUCUUAUCUCCCUGGACCGGCUCAACACGUUUGGGGACGACAUCUUCAAGGACCCUAAGGUGCUGCAGUCCUACUACUAUGCCGUGUCGGACUUCUCUGUGGGCGGCAGAUGCAAGUGCAACGGCCACGCCAGCGAGUGUGGCCCGGAUGAGGAGGGCCAGCUGGCCUGCCGGUGCCAGCACAACACCACGGGCCCAGACUGUGAGCGCUGCCUGCCCUUCUUCCAGGACCGCCCGUGGGCCCGGGGCACAGCUGAGGCCGCCAACGAGUGUCUGCCUUGCAACUGCAGCGGCCACUCUGAGGAAUGCAUAUUUGACCGGGAGCUCUUCCGCACCUCGGGCCACGGUGGGCGCUGCCUUCACUGCCGUGACCACACAGCUGGGCCGCACUGCGAGCGCUGCCAGGAGAACUUCUAUCGCUGGAACCCGCAGAUGCCGUGCCAGCCCUGUGAUUGCCACCCAGCAGGCUCCCUGCACCUCCAGUGUGAUGACUCGGGCACCUGCAAGUGCAAGCCCACGGUGACAGGCUGGAAGUGUGAUCGCUGCCAGCCCGGGUUCCACUCGCUCAGCGAGGGUGGCUGCAGACCCUGUACUUGCAAUUCUGCUGGCAGCCUGGGCACCUGUGACCCUCGCAGCGGGCGCUGCCCUUGCAAAGAGAAUGUGGAAGGAAACCUUUGUGACAGGUGUCGCCCGGGUACAUUUAACCUGCAGCCCCACAACCCAGCGGGCUGCAGCAGCUGCUUCUGCUACGGCCACUCCAAGGCGUGUGCGGCUGCCACCCAGUUCCGGACGCACCACAUCCUCGCCGACUUCCGCCAGGGAGCCGAUGGCUGGCGGGCCGGAAGCUCGGGGGGCCCAGCGCAUCCUGCACGAUGGAGCCCCGGGGGGCUCCUCCUGGACCCAGAGGAUGAAGAGGAGCUCAGAGCACCAGAGAAGUUCCUGGGAGACCAGCGGUUCAGCUACGGGCAGCCCCUCACACUGACCUUUCGGGUCCCCCCCGGGGGCGCCCCUCUCCCAGUGCAGCUGAGGCUGGAAGGGACUGGCUUGGCCCUGACUCUGCGGCACUCCAGCUCGUCCAGCCCCCGGGACGCCGGGCAGCAGGAGGAGGUACAGCUCAGGUUCCAGUUGCAGGAGACCUCCGAGGACGCGGACCCUCCGCUGCCCCCCUUCCACUUCCAGCGGCUGCUGGCCAAUCUGACGGCUCUGCGUAUCCGGACCAGUGGCUGGAGCCCCAGCCCUUCUGGCCGAGUGUUGCUGACCGAGGUCCGGCUCACGUCUGCCCAGCCAGGGCUCGGCCCCCCAGCCUCCUGGGUAGAGACGUGCUCGUGUCCCUCGGGGUACUCAGGCCAGUUCUGUGAAUCCUGUGCUCCGGGAUACAAGCGGGAGACACCACUGGGGGGUCCCUAUGCCAGCUGUGUUCCCUGCAUCUGUAACCAGCAUGGCACCUGUGACCCCAACACAGGGAUCUGCCUGUGCGGCCACCACACCGAGGGCCCUUCCUGUGAGCGCUGCUUGCCAGGUUUCUAUGGCAACCCCUUCACGGGCCAAGCCGAUGACUGCCAGCCCUGUCCCUGUCCUGGGCAGUCGGCCUGCACGACCAUGCCAGAGAGUGGGGAGGUGGUGUGUACCCACUGCCCCCCGGGCCAGAGAGGGCAACGCUGUGAGAUCUGCGAUGAUGGCUUUUUUGGGGACCCACUGGGGCUCUCUGGAGCCCCCCAGCCCUGCCGGCCAUGUCAGUGCAGUGGGAACGUGGACCCCAACGCUGUGGGCAACUGUGACCCCCUGACUGGCCACUGCCUGCGAUGUCUGCACAACACGACAGGUGCCCACUGUGAGCGGUGCCAGGAGGGCUUCUACGGGGACGCCCUGGCCUCUCUGCCCGAGGACAAAUGCGUGCCCUGCAGCUGCAACCCAGGGGGCUCCGUCGGUGAGCAGCAACCUUGCGACCUGGUGACCGGCCAGUGCUCCUGUCUGCCUCACGUGACCGGCCGGGACUGUGGCCACUGCAGCCCUGGCUUCUACGACCUCCAGCCGGGGCGGGGCUGCCGGAGCUGCAAGUGCCACCCACUGGGCUCCCAGGAGGACCAGUGCCACCCCAAGACCGGGCAGUGCCCCUGCCGUCCAGGCGUCGAGGGCCAGUCCUGCGACCGAUGUCAGCUGGGUUUCUUCGGCUUCUCCAUCAGAGGCUGCCGCGCCUGCAGGUGCUCCCCGCUGGGCGCCGCCUCGGCCCAGUGCCACGAGAACAGCACGUGUGUGUGCAGGCCCGGCUUUGUGGGCUACAAGUGUGACCGCUGCCAGGACAACUUCUUCCCUACAGCCGGUGGCACGUACUGCCAGCAGUGCCCAUCCUGCUACACGCUGGUGAAGGAGGAGGCUGCUAAGCUGAAGGCCAGGUUGACCCUGAUGGAGGGGUGGCUGCAGGGGUCCGACUGUGGCAGGCCCUGGGGACCACUGGACAUUCUACAGGGAGAGGCCCCCCGGGGGGAUAUCUACCAAGGCCACCACCUGCUGCAAGGAGCCCAGGAAGCCUUCCUGGAGCAGGUGACAGGCCUUGAGGAGGCUGUGAAGGCUGCCAGGGAGCGGCUGCAGGCACUGAGCAGGAGUGCCCGCUGUGCCCAGGCCGGAGCCGAGAAGACCUGCAUCCAGCUGGCAGACGUGGGCGUGCUGGAGUCCUCUGAAGAGGAGAUUCUGCAUGCAGCCACUGUCCUCAAAUCUCUGGCGAUUCCUCAGGAAGGGCCCAGCCCGCCCACCAACUGGAGCCACCUGGCCACAGAGGCCCGUGCCCUCGCCAGGAGUCGCAGAGACACCACCGCCAAGGUUGAGGCCGCUGCCCGGAGGGCCCUGCUCGCCUCCAACGCCAGCUACGCGCUUCUCUGGAGUCUGGUGGAGGGCAGAACGGCCCUGGAGGCCCAGCGGGAGCUGGAGGACAGGUACCAGGAGGUACAGGCGGCCCAGAAGGCGCUGGGCGUGGCCGUGGCAGAGGCGCUGCCUGGAGCUGAGAGGGUGCUGGCCGCUGUGCAGCAAGUCGGUGAAGACGCAGCCCUGCGCCUGGCCUCGCCGGCUGCCCCUGUGCCACGGCCUCAGAAGUCCCGGGCCGAGGCCCUGGGCCAGAAGGUGCAGGCCCUGGAGAAGACGGUCACAUCGAGAGAGCGCAGGGUCACCGAGGCUGCACAGACCCUCCAGGCCACCGCCCAGGCCGUGCUGCACCAGGUGGAGCCCCUCUUGCAGCUGCACCAGGAAGCCAGAGCUGCCCUGACCCGGGCUUCCUCCUCCGUCCAGGCUGCCACAGUGACUGUCACAGGAGCCAGGACUCUGCUGGCCGACCUGGAAGGAAUGAAGCCGAGGUUUCCUCAGCCCAGGGACCAGGCCGCACUGAGGAGGAAGGCAGGCAUCGUCCAGGACAGGCUCCUCGCAGCCUCGAAAAAGAAGACCAGGCUGGCAGAGAGGAUGCUGGGAAAUGCGGCAUCUGUCUCCUCCAGCGCCAAGAAGAAGAGCAGGGAAGCCGAGCUGUUGGCCAAGGACAGUGCCAAGCUCACCAAGGCCUUGCUGAGGGAGGGAAAGCAGGAGCUCCGCCGGGCUGGCCAGCUCUCCAGCCAGACGCAGGCGACCCUCCGACGGGCCUCCCGGCAGGUGCUGGCCUCUGAAGCGCGCAGGCAGGAGCUGGAGGCAGCCGAGCAGGUGGGCGCCGGGCUGGGCGAGAUGGAGCGGCAGAUCCGGAAAUCUCGGACCUCCCUGGAGAAGGACGUCAAGGCCUUGUCGGAGCUGCUCGCCAGGCUGGGGUCGCUGGACACCCAUCAAGCCCCAACCCAGGCCCUGAACGAGACUCAGCGGGCCCUGGAGCAUCUGAAGCUGCGGCUGGGCCCGCCAGGGGCCCUGCAGGGGAAGCUGAGGCUCUUGGAGCAGGAGUCCGAGCAGCAGGAGCUGCAGAUCCAGAGCUUCGAGAGCGACCUUGCGGAGAUCCGCGCUGACAAGCAGAAUCUGGAGGCCAUUCUGCACAGCCUGCCUGAGAGCUGUGCCAGCUGGCAGUGAGGGCGGCCUGGACCCCGCGGCACACCCGGCCUAGGGUGUGCACACCCCCACAGAUGCACCAGGCAGGCCCCCUCCCCAGAGCCCACUGCCGUGUACCCCGUCCUGUGUGAAUACUCACAUGCCCUUCGAGUCUGUGCCCACAUCCCCUCCAUAGUGGCAGGAGUAGUAUAUUCGCAGCUCAUCCAGGGGGGCUGCUGUGUGCAGCCCCCAUCAGUGUGCACUCCUACCCCAUACACACACACACACACACACAGGCACUCCCUGGGCUCAGUAACAUGUACACAGGUACAUGUGGACACACGCCCAUGUGUGCAGUGCACAAGUGGACAAGCCCAUCCGUGUGUGUUGUGCCCUCUCUGGAUGCUGGGGAUGUUAUGUUCUCUUAAAUGCCCUGUGACACUGACCCAGCCAUUUGCCCGCAAAAGCGGGGACCCAGGCAGGGUUGGUCCCUGGGAGGCUGAGGGGGCCCCUCGGCAGAGAUCCAGGGUAGGUUCGGCAACAGCCACAGUCCCCAGUGCCAGACCGGCCCACUGUCCUACAGCCGCCACACCUGACACCCGCCAUAGACACCCAGUGUCUGCCCAGCCUAGAGACCAGGCAGAUCCAAAGACGCGAGAUCUUGGUGGCUUUUCAGCAGAGGAAACAGACCAGGACUCCUGGGGCCGUGGUGUAGCCUGCCAGGCCGGCCAGGGCAAGGCCACCCCUGCGGGGGUGUGUUUGGCUUUGCGGAAUCCUACCUUCUCAGCAUCCUGGGACUGGGCCCGACUCACUAAGGGAAUCUGCUGUCCUGGGCCCGGUGGUCCUCUCAGCCUACAGCCUGUCCAGAAAGCUGGGCCUCGUGGCCUGCAGGAGACUGGGUCAAGGGGCUCACAUAGGUCCCUUGGAUCUUUGUUUUGUGACCCCGCCAGCCCUGGUUGGCCUUUGACCGAUCGAUGCUUCCCAAACUGGCCCUGCAGCCCCUGGCCCCACCUGCCACAAGGGAGGCCCUGCUGGGCGUGGAGGCCUGGCUGCCUUUCUAGCCGGUCACACUGGGGAAUCCCCCCUGCUGGCCUCCACCCAGAAUGCCCGGCACGCCUCCUGGCACUCAUCCACUUUCCUGGGCCCUCUUCCAGCAGACCGCAGGCUUUGGCAGCGGGAGGAUGGGUGCCUGGGGGGCCCAGCCCCUUCCCACGGCUCUUCUGGCCCCCAGCAGGGGGAUGGGGUGGCAGAGACCAAUUCCGUUUAACAUGGAAAUAAAAGAUCCCUUUACUGGC